AUGGCUCGUUUUCAAUCGUCGAUCAUGAUUUUCUUCGCUCAUCUCAUUCUACUCCUCGGUCUUCCGACAGCUCUGGUCGGUGCUGUCCCGGUGACGCCUGCUCCCAAUGAAUUGGAGGUGGCAGCAUCCAAGCGGGCGGCAUCGAGCUACUGGGUGGCCAAUAUCAAGCGUCAGGGUACUGUGCCGUUCGGCAACAACAGCGACUAUCAAGUCUUCCGCAACGUGAAGGACUUUGGUGCAAAGGGUGACGGUUCAACUGAUGACACAGCCGCUAUCAACAAGGCCAUUUCUUCCGGCAACCGCUGCGGCAAAGGAUGUGAUUCGUCCACGACUACCCCAGCCUUGGUGUAUUUCCCGCCUGGUACCUACCUGGUGUCUAAGCCGAUUGUACAGUAUUACUAUACCCAAAUUGUCGGUGAUGCUGUUGAUCUGCCUGUUAUCAAGGCCGCUGCUGCCUUUUCAGGCAUGGCAGUCAUUGAUGCUGACCCAUACGAGGACAACGGUGACAACUGGUACACAAAUCAGAACAAUUUCUUUCGCGCGAUCCGCAAUCUGGUUAUUGACUUGACAGCGAUGCCCAAGGGCUCGGGUGCUGGUAUCCAUUGGCAGGUUGGCCAGGCCACGAGCCUGCAGAACAUCCGUUUCGAGAUGGUCAAGGGCGGUGGUUCCGCCAACAAGCAAGAGGGCAUCUUCAUGGACAACGGCUCGGGCGGUUUCAUGUCCGACCUAACCUUCAAUGGUGGUAACUACGGCAUGUUCCUUGGUAACCAGCAGUUCACCACUCGCAAUUUGACCUUCAAUGACUGCCAAACCGCCAUUUACAUGAACUGGAAUUGGGCUUGGACCUUCAAAUCUGUCAACAUCAACAACUGUGAGGUCGGCCUGAACAUGUCUACCUCACCGUCCAACCAGACCGUUGGCUCCGUCAUGAUGCUGGACAGCAAACUCACCAACACUCCCACCGGUAUUGUCACCGCUUGGACGAAGAAUAGCAUCCCUAUCGGCGGUGGCACGUUAGUCCUCAGCAAUGUUGACUUCUCUGGCUCCAAGGUAGCUAUUGCUGGUGUUGAUGGGGACACUAUCCUCACGGGUGGUUCCGUUGUCGACAACUUUGUUCAGGGCAAUACUUACACUCCUGGAUCGACCGUCUCCAAACGUGCCACCAAGCCCGAGGAAGAAGACACUGAAGUCGUGACGAUCGUCGAAACUGUUAUGCAGACUGUCUUGGCCUGCCCUGCCACCAACGGCGGCGCAGCUAGCACCCUGGCAUCCAAUGUCCCUGUCAGCAGCGGUCACAGCCAGGUGACUCCUCCGCUGGCCUCAGGUACCGACACUGCCUACAGGACCAUCGUCUCCGACGGCAGCACAAUCACAGUUCCGACACUUUCCGGUCUCCCUGGCUUUGACAACAGCUGGCUUUCUGCUUUCGUUGGAUCUUCUGGUACCUAUGAGGUUCCUGUACCCACCUCCCAAGCUGUUGCUUCCACUGAGGUCGAGGCUCCCGCUGCAUCUGCCUCCACUGAGGCCACCGCCGCAGUUCCCGCUUCCAAUGAAGGAGCUACUGUUGUUGAGACCCCCACUAGCCAGACUGCUGCCCAUUCCGUAUCUUCUAGCUAUGUGCCUGCUGCUCAGAACUCUGCUGGCACUGGCACUGGCUCCGGCUCCGGCUCCGGCUCCGGUUCUGGUACCUCAAGUGCAACCGUCUCUCAGAGUACCUCGGGUUCUAGCUCCAGCAGUGGCUCGGGUACCUGCAAAGGCAGUGCCAAUGAGGCUGUUAGCUCUGCCCGCACACAAAGCACUCUGAAGGCCUCGUCCAUGCCUAGUGACCUGCUUACCGACGGUGCUGUCUUCGAGCGCUCCAAGCCCCUCUACGAGUCCCUUGCUGCCUCCUCCUUCAUCAGCGUCAAGUCCGCUGGUGCCAAGGGUGACGGCAGCACUGAUGACACUGCUGCUAUCCAGAAGGUCCUGGAUAGCGCAUCUGCCAACGACGUCGUCUACUUCGACCAUGGCGCAUACGUUAUUACUUCCACCCUGAAGGUUCCCAAGGAUAUCAAGAUCACCGGUGAAAUCUGGCCGAUGAUCAUGGCCCAUGGCUCCAAAUUCCAGGACGAGGAGAACCCCAUUCCUAUGAUGCAGAUCGGUCAGAAGGGCGAGACUGGUUCCGUCGAAAUGAGUGAUCUGAUCCUCACGACCAAGGGCUCUUGCCCUGGUGCCAUCCUGAUGGAAUGGAACGUCGCUGGCUCUUCUCAGGGCUCCGCUGGCAUGUGGGACGUUCACUUCCGUAUUGGUGGUGCUGCUGGCACUGAAUUGCAGAGCGAUACCUGCCGCAAGACUCCUACUGUCAAGACUACCCCCAAGACCGAGUGCAUUGCUGCUUUCAUGCUGUUGCACGUCACCAAGAAGGCCAGCGCCUACAUUGAGAACUCGUGGAUGUGGACCGCUGACCACGAGCUUGACCUCUCUGAUCACUCCCAGAUCAACGUCUACACCGGUCGCGGUGUGCUUAUCGAGUCCCAGGGUCCUGUCUGGCUGUGGGGAACAGCCUCGGAGCAUCAUCAGUUGUACAACUACCAGGUUUCGAACGCCGCCAACAUCUUUAUGGGCCUGAUUCAGACCGAGACUCCCUACUACCAGUCCAACCCUACGGCGUUGAAGCCCUUCACUCCCCAAGACUCUUGGAAUGACCCUGACUUCUCCACCUGUACCACUGCCUCCUGCAAGAAAUCCUGGGGCCUGCGCGUCGUCAACUCCUCCGACCUUUACAUCUACGGUGCUGGCCUGUAUAGCUUCUUCGAGAACUAUGCCCAGACCUGCCUCAACUCGGAGGACUGCCAACAGAACAUGGUCGAGGUUGACUGCUCCGAUGUCCACAUCUACGGCUUGAGUACCAAGGCCUCCGUUAACAUGAUCACCUCAGCCGCUGGAAAGAGCAUGGUCCCCGAGAAGCCCAACAAGAGCAAUUUCUGCUCCACCAUCGCGCUGUUCGAGCAGACCGCUUAG